CUCGUGCCCUCUUUCCUCCCCAGGCUCACUCGGUCCGUGGAGCGGAGCGGGAUGUGAGGACUUGACCACACUGAGAUUUAUACGCACGUUAUUGUCACGGGAGAUCCACGCAGCAGAGACAUGAGCGGUGUCUCCGUUUGGAUGGACGGUGGGGACAUGGCUCCAGAGGAGGCGCGCUCUGUGGCCCCCUGGACGGAGGAGCACUGCGAGGAGCUGUGGGAUCGUGUGGAAGGAGUGAGACACAAGCUCACGCGCAUCCUGAACCCGGCUAAGGUCACGCCGUACCUGCGGCAGUGCAAGGUCAUCGACGAGCAGGAUGAGGACGAGGUGCUCAACUCCACACAGUACCCGCUGCGCAUCAGCAAGGCCGGUCGUCUCCUGGACAUUCUCCGGGGUCAGGGCCAGCGAGGGAUUCAGGCCUUCAUGGAGUCGCUUGAGUUUUACCACCCGGAGCAGUACACGCAGCUGACUGGGGAGCAGCCCACACAUCGAUGCUCCCUCAUACUGGAUGAGGAAGGUCCGGAGGGUUUGACCCAGUUUCUGCUCCUGGAGGUGCGUAAACUGAGAGAGCAGCUUCGAAACAGCCGCCUGGGCGAGCGCCGCAUGUCCCAGCGCUGCCGGAUGGCGGAGGACGAGCGAGGCCGCGCCGAGCUCAAAGCGCAGGAGUUACGUCAGAACAAACUGCAACUGGACAGGCUGCGUCAGGACUGGGAGUCGGCCAGCAAGGAGCUGGGAAACCUGAAGGACAGACACCUGGAGCAGGCUGUGAAAUACUCCAGGGCCCUAGAGGAGCAAGGGAAGGCCUCGACCCGAGAGAGAGAACUGCUCAGGCAGGUAGAGGAGCUAAAGUCCAGGUUGACAGAGGCAGAGAACCAAACCCUCGGAGCAGUGGAGAACUCAUCGCCAGUCAAAAGGAACAGUGUGAUCUCUAAUGGAGUCAAUGGUUCUCUGCCUGUUUUACCAGAGAAGCCACCGCACCGAGCCCUGAGCACAGAGACUCACAUGAAGGACUCGGCUCCUGGCACUGGAGUCAUCGCUCUGAUGGAUAUCUUGCAGCAGGACCGCAGGGAGGCCACAGAGCAGCGAGAGGAGCUCUGUGAUAUCAUCACUCGACUCCAGGGAGAGGUGCAGAGCUCUGAGGAGUACAGGGACAAGCUGGAGUCGCAGUGUGAGCAGCUCCAGCUGAAGCUGAGGACUCUCCAUCUGGACUGGGACACUGAGCAGAAGAGGAGUGUAUCCUACUUCAACCAGAUCAUGGAACUGGAGAAGGAGAGAGACCAGGCCAUGCGGAGCCGUGACAGCCUGCAGCUGGAGUACACCGACUGUCUGCUGGAUAAGAACCGGCUGCGUAAACGCAUCGCGGAGCUGCAGGCCGACCUGGAGCAGCAGCAGGGGGAGCUGGACAUCGAGAGGGAGAGGAGCCAUGAGCAAAUGCAGCAGAGCGACCACUGUCUGCACUGUUCCCACCUGUCUCUGUGCAGUGAGGACCAGUGCUAUGGCCCCUGCUGCUCCCUCGGCCUGGGCCUCAGCCCCCGGAUCAACAGCACCAACAAGCUGCGGCGAAAGAUGCCAUCUACAGGACGAACCAAUGAAAACUCAGAGGAUUCCAAUUCAGAGGAGAAUGUCCUGUUGUUGACAGAAGACGAUGAAAAGGAAAUAAACCGUCUCUCCACCUUCCCCUUCCCUCCUUGUAUGAACUCCAUCAACAGACGAGUCAACACAGAGUUUGACUUGGACUCGUGGGGCAGUGAUGAGAAUGAGAAUAUUACAGCUGAGCAGACCGAACCUUCCCUGUGGGAUUCCAGGACCUCGCUUCACUCUCAUCUCUUCCCCCCAGACCUGGUCAACCUGCCGUCAGCCUCCUCACCCCAACCCAGUCUCUCUGCUCCCAGGAUACCCCCUCGCUCGCCAUCUUCAAGCCCCCCCCCCUCGCGGAACCACAAGAGUGCCAGUCUGGCUGAUGGCAUCAAGAUAGUUGGCGGAAACCAGACAGGGAUCUUUGUGAGCUACGUGAGAGCCGGUUCCCCAGCUGAGCAGUGUGGACUGAAGGAGGGCAGUGAGCUGCUGGAGCUGGAGCGGGUUCUGUUCGGGGGGGGCAGCGUCCAGCUCGGCCAGUGCACUGCUGAGGUCGCCCACUUCUCCCUGCAGUGGUGGACUGAGGCCUCGACACUCAAACACCAGAGUAACCCAGAGGCUUACUCCAGGCUGUGCUCCCAGCUCCAGUCCUCAACGUUUAUGGGCGCCGACUCCUUCUACGUGCGCGUCAAUCUGAAUAUGGAAGCCCACGGUGACCCGCCGUCUCUGAGCGUGGCCUGUGAUGACAUCAUACACGUCACAGACACGAGGUACAAGGGGAAAUACCACUGGAGCUGUUCACUCGUGGACCCACAGACAGCCAAGCACCUGCAGGCAGGAUCCAUGCCCAACUAUAACAGGGCACAACAGCUGUUACUUGUGAGGCUCCGGAAAAUGGCCCUGGAGCAAAAGGAUUUCAAGAGGAAGAUGUUCUCAAAGAAAGAGUGCGGCCGUGUGCGACUGGUCAAAGCAGUGAACCCCAGCUGUCGUGGGAUCGGUUCCUCACAGCAGGUCUUCUACACACUCAGCAAACGUCACGACGAGCACUUGAUCCCUUAUAGUUUAGUACAGCCGGUGCAGGUUCAGACCAGGAGGCCAGUGAUCUUCUCCCCCUCUCUGCUCUCCCGUGGUCUCAUAGAGCGGCUGCUGCAGCCAGCGACUUCUGGUCUGAGCUUCAACACCUGUCCACCAGAGCCUGUCCAGGAGUCAGAGAGACAAGUCAAGAGCGUGUUCUUGUUGGAUUCCUUCAGUCCAGAGCAGGCUCUGGGCGUACGGCUGGAGUCAAUACAGGAAGUCAUUAGUCAGGAUAAGCACUGUCUGCUGGAGCUGGGGCUGACCAGUGUCGAGGGAUUACUGAGACAAGGGAUUUACCCAAUUGUCAUCCACAUCCGCCCCAAGAACAAAAAAAACAAGAAGCUGAGGAAGUUUUUUCCACGCUGUGGGGAGGACAACAUGAUGGAGGAGGUGUGCCAGGCCGAGGAGCUGCAGCUGGAGACGCUGCCCCUGCUCUUCUACACCCUGGAGCCCAGCACAUGGAGCUGCACCGAUGAGCUGCUGGCAGCCAUUUGCAACGCCAUCCAGAGCCAGCAGAAAGCAGUAGCAUGGGUGGAGCUGGACAGGCUGCAGUAGAGGAGAGAUGAAUAAAGAAUCUGGCACCAAACAACAGUCAAGUCUCUGGAGAGGAUUAAUAUAAGUGAUUAACAUUUACUGUUAGAUCUCCUUACUAUUCUAAGUGAGUGAAACUGACAUAUGUGCAUGUAAAUAAACAGAAAUUUCAUUAUUCACACCUAUUUAGCCCAGCUGGACUGUCUAAAUUGUCUAAAAGUUAAAUCAUCUCUCAGCAGAGACGUAUCUGCAAUUAGUUGUUUUUAAUCAGCAUGAAUUAUGUAUUGUUUCUUUUCUUUUUUUUACUCAAACAUGUGAAGUUAUAAUAUAUAACCAACAUGCACUUUCAAAAUAAGAUUUGAGGAUCACACAAGGUGCUAAUUUUUUCCAGCACAUGCGUCAGAAGUCAUGAAGACAGUGAAGCUGUGAGGAUGCAGAGAGGAUGAAGGCUCAAGUGAAGGAGUUUGUUGUAGGAACAGAUGUAGGGAGGGUAAAAAUCUUCUCAUCCACACUUUGAAUUUUUUGUAUAAACUGUCCUUUUUUUAGUUGAUAUAAUCUUUAGGAUUUAGGAUUAUCACAGAUCAUGUCAAAGUAUACAGAUGAUAUAACUGUAGAUAUAUGAACACAUUUUUUAAAGGAAAAACUUGUAAGACUGCAGGUCAGCGAGUGCAUUGUUUUACGACAGAAGCUUUAGUUGUGACCAAAUUAGUCUAUGUUGUGACUGACCUGGUUUUUUAAUUCUGUUUAAGAAUAAAUUAAUGAAAAAUUAGUUUUACUUCUUGUGUCCUUAAAUACAUAAAGUAGCCUUGGCAACCUUGCAAGGGGCUAUACAAAUCUGUUAUUAUUAUUAUUUGAAGUUUUAGAAGUAGCAUUACAUCUGCCAAAAAUACUGUGAUUAAUUUGUGCU